AUGGAAACGGAUCAGAACGACAAGUCGAAAGACAGCAUCGGACCUCCACAGGAGCCAGUCGACUUCGGAAUCCGCUCCGAACAUGGUCUCGGCCAGUUCAAGCGCUUCCCUCGCGAGAUCAGAAACAUCAUCUACAGCUCAAUGGUCCCCUCGCUCAUGGUUCAUGGCCUCAAACCUGCUACUAUCGACCGCUGUGUUGUACGCAAACUGGUCCAAACUCCAAUUCUGGCCACAAGCAAGCAGCUCUGUGUUGAAUUUCUUGAGGUCUUUAUGCGAGAGGUCAAUCUAGAGGAGAGUGACGAACACCAUCACAGCGACAAUAAACGUGCUGAGUGCCUUGAGGAACUUCUCGCAUUCGUCAAAACUCGCAUCAACAUUCGCUCUGAACGCAACAACAGCUUGGGCUUGAAGCUGAACUGGUCCUACUUUUUCCUCGAUGCAGCAGGACUUUUGGCGCGAUUCAAGGCUCAGCAAACCAAGCAACUCCCUAGAAAGUUGCAACGCCUUUGGGACAUUCACGAGAAGUUUGGCGUGCCGUCUGACAAGAUCUACAUCAACAUCGACUACCACGAUCCGAAAUGCUGGAUUGAUGUAGCGGUGACCUCCAAGCCUCAUCCCUUCCCAGAUCUUCCAGAGACAUUCUGGCAUCACGAGUUCGAGCAUGCAUCAGCAAGAGUGACACUAUCCGAUAAGAGUGCCUCCAUGCAGGCAAUGGCAGAUAUGGACGCCAAGAUGAGAUCUCAGAUGUCGGCCUACAAAGCCUCGAAGCUGCACCAGUUUCGAACUCUGUGUAACACAGAGAAGGAUCUUCAACUCAUGGAGGAAAAUUUGGACUGGAUUCUUGGUGGGCUGGAACAACAUCCCUUGGCAGGACUCCUGAAGCUCCACUCAAGCAUGAGCGAGAUGGCUAUCAACUUCUGGAAGCCCAGAGAGGAGCAGUAUAGCGUCUGGCAUCUCUUUGACCCUGCUGAAACAUGGGCGGAGGCGAGGUAG